AUGGCUCUGCCAAAGUUCCUGCAGCCUAUCGGCUCAAAGGCCGCUGUCCAUACUGAUCGGGUCCCUCUCGAGGUUGCCCAAGCUGAAGCUCCAAGAUUCGAAAAGGUCACCUGGUACAAGGAGCCUCAUCUUCGUAAUCUCUACUUUCUAAUCAUCUUCCUGCUGAUUGCCUCGGCUACCACUGGAUAUGAUGGUAUGAUGGUCAACACUUCCCAGCAGAUGGAUAGAUGGAAGGAGUACUUCCCCGAGCACAAGAACGAAAGCAAGCUUGGAAUCCUCAUCAACAUGUACAACAUUGGUUCCAUUAUCUCUUUCUUUAUUGUCCCUUAUCUCGCUGAUAACUGGGGCCGAAAGCCCACUAUCAUGACUGGCUGUGUCAUCAUGAUUGUUGGUGCUUUCGUCUCUGCUUUCUGCAACGGUUAUGGCAUGUACAUGGGUGGUCGAUUCAUCCUUGGUUUCGGUAACUCUCUGGCCCAGAUGUCCUCCCCUAUGCUUCUCACCGAGAUUUGCCACCCUCAGCACCGUGGUCCCCUUACUGCUGUCUACAAUUGUCUCUGGAAUUUGGGUUCUCUGAUCGUUUCCGUUGUUGGCUGGGGUACUGCAUCCAUCAACGGUGACUGGUCAUGGCGAUCCAUCACUUUCAUUCAAGCAGUCCCCUCCAUCAUCCAGCUUUGCGGUAUCUGGUGGGUUCCUGAGUCACCUCGAUUCCUCAUCAACAAGGACAGACCCGAGGAGGCUCUUGCUGUUUUGGCCAAGCAUCAUGCUGGCGGUGACGAGAACAACGCCACUGUUCAGUUCCAGUACCGUGAGAUUAAGGAAACCAUCUCGGCCGAUAACUCUACCAAGUCUACUCGCUACGUCGACUUUCUCAAGACCCGAGGUAACAGGUGGCGUCUCGCCAUUAUCAUUUCCCUUGGUAUCAUCUCUCAAUAUUCCGGAAACGCUAUUUUCUCCAAUUACAUGGACAUCAUCUACGAAGGUGCUGGCAUCAAGGAACAGGGCCAGAAACUCGCUCUCUCUGCUGGCAAGACAAUUCUCGAUCUGAUCAUCUCCAUUGGUGCUGCCUUCACCGUCGACAAGGUCGGACGUCGCCCUCUCUUCCUUACUGCUAUCACCGGUAUGGUUUUCGGUUUCUUCCUCUGGACCAUCACUGGUGGUGUCUACGAGAACUCGGAAUACGCUACUCCUGCCACAAAAGAACAGCCUGAUGGUGGUGUCGCGUACUCCAACACAGGUGCCGGUUAUGCUCAGAUCGCCGCUGUUUGGAUCUUCGGUAUCUUCUACGACAUUGGUUUCUCUGGUCUCCUCGUCGCUUAUGCCCUUGAGGUUCUUCCUUUCCACCUCCGUGCCAAGGGCAUGAUGAUCAUGAACAUCACCGUUCAGGCCAUCCUCGCCAUUGGAAACCAGACAAACAAGCUUGCCUGGAACAACUUCCCCAACCACUGGAACUUCAUGCUCUUCUACACUCUCUGGGAUUUUUGUGAGCUUGUCUUCGUCUGGUAUUUCUACAUCGAGACCAAGGGCCCCACUCUUGAGGAGAUUGCCCGUAUCUUCGAUGGUGAUGAUGCUGUUGCCCACAUCGAUCUCGCUCAGGUCGAGAAGGAGACUGCUAUUGUCCGACAUGAGUCGAUCACUGACUACCCCUCCAAGACGGCUGCAUGA